AGCAACCUUUUACUUUGUCUGUUUCACAACUGAAAGCAGUACAGGUGGCCAAACUCUUUAAUUCAGCUCCCUCGCGCUUCUCUCUCUCUCUCUCUCUCUCUCUCUCUCUUCCAUGUGUGUGCCUUUGCUUGGCUUGCUUGGCCUGAAUUUCUGCUCCAAGCAUUGGAUUAGAAAUUGAUGAGUUAGCUACCCUUGGAAGAUAUCACAAAGAAGACAGAUACAUUUGACAACAAUUUUGAACUCUAAACAUGAAUAAUGAUACACUUUCUUCGCUCAAAGAUCAAAGAGAAAGGCAUAAUUCUCUUAUGGAGGUUUCAAACAAAGAAAAACAGCUUUGGUUGCUAAUCCACACCAAGGGUCUGUUGCAAACUGAUGUUCAGGAAUUGUAUCGAAAAGUGCGUUCGAGUUAUGAGAAAAUGAUACUGAAUGACUAUGAACAAUUGGAACUUCAAGAUGUUGAGUAUUCUUUGUGGAAGCUUCACUACAAGCAUAUCGACGAAUUUCGUAAAAGAAUAAAGAAGAGUUCUACAUUAGAAAGCUCAAAGUCAGGAGAGCCGCAUGAUACCAAUCAUAUUGAAGGCUUCAAACUAUUUUUGUCAGAAGCAGCUGAGUUCUACCAAAAUUUGAUUGUGAAAAUCAGAAAAUGUUAUGGCCUUCCAGAAGAGUCCUCAUUUUAUAAAAAGAGUGGGAUUAGUAAUUCUUUCGAGCCAAAGAAGAUAAAGAAAUGCCAGUUCUUGUGCCAUCGCUUUUUGGUUUGUCUUGGAGAUCUUGCUAGAUACAAAGAACAAAAUGAAAAGCCUGAUGUUCACAACCAUAAAUGGUCAAUGGCGGCCUCACAUUACAUGGAAGCGACAGCGAUUUGGCCAGACAGUGGAAACCCACAAAAUCAGUUAGCUGUAUUGGCAACAUAUAUUGGUGAUGAGUUCCUUGCUCUUUAUCACUGCAUAAGAAGUCUGGCUGUUAAAGAACCUUUCCCGGACGCAUGGGACAAUCUUCUCUUACUGCUAGAAAGAAAUAGGUCUUCCCCUUUACAAUCUCUUUCAAGUGAGGCCCAGUUUAAUUUUAUAAAACCAUACGAGAGAAGCAUUACGAAGACAAAUUCAAAAUCCAUUGACCAUUCCUCAUGUCGAAAUAAUGGAUCCGCGGCAACCGAUUUUUGGUCUCUUUUCAUCAGAAUAAUAAGUUUCUUUGUUGUUAAACCCAGUUUGGAUGAGUUCCCUUCUGCUUUCACGUCAGUUAUGAGAGGGUUGGACGCUUUAUUGGCAUUGGAUGAUACAGAACUAAAAGCCUCACUGGAGUCAUAUCAGCAUAUGGAUUCCAUUAAGGCAGGUCCUUUCCGCGCCCUUCAAGUUGUUUCGAUUUUCCUGUAUACCCUGCAGAGUUUGAUCAAUUGCCCACAAAUAAAACAUUUUGAAGAAAUGAGUGAUACACAACUGAUUCUUCUUAGGCAAUUGGCUUUGACAUCUUUGUUCAUUUUUAUGGGACGGUUUGUCGAGAGAUGUUUAAAAUUGAAGGCAGGCGCAUUAAGUUCUUGCCCUCUUUUACCUGCUGUGCUUGUUUUUGUGGAGUGGUUGGCAACCAUGCUUAACGAAGCAGAAAAGUAUGGCGUUGAUCGGAGAAGCAGUAGCGCUAUGUCAUACUUUUUCGAGUCAUUUGUUGCUCUUCUGAACAGAUUGGGAGCCAAUAACAAUGAAGGCAAUACUUCUGUUAGUACUCCUCUGUGGGAAGACUAUGAACUGAGGGGCUUUGCACCUGUCACUCGUGCACACGAGUCAUUAUAUUUCUCAUCUCAUUGGGAGCACAUAGAUAAUUUUGAAGAAGGAACUAAAUCCCGCUGCCGCCGGAUUCGCAAUGCUGGAUUGAAGAUUGCAAACAGAUCAAAUGAUUCCCAGAAAUGGAUCAUCUAUGAUCAAUCAGGAGGAAAUUUCCGAUCAGUUCCGAUCAAUUCAAAUGCUGCUGAAUUUAAUGAAAACGUGGAGUCCAUCAGUUCCGAUCUUAAAACAGAUGCGAGUGAUCAGAAUUUCUGCGAAGGCGUGGAAGAAUUUGAGGGACCGAUACUAGAAGAAAAUCCCAGCGUUAAUGGCAAGUCUGUUACAGUUGAAGAGGAAGAAGUUAUUCUCUUUAAGCCAUUGACCAGAUACAACUCAGCACCACUAUGUACCAAUUCAAACGAGCCAACCUCUCCAAAAGAAAUGGAGGAGCAAGCUGCACCUCCUGAUGACUGCUUAAGGCGUGCUACAUCACUUCUUAUAGCACAAAACCAGGCCCAAGGCGGCACCACAUUUAUGCAAACUGACAUCAGCAAUUUCAGGCACAACAAGCCUUUUAAGCAACAGGAGCUUGUCUUCAAGGAGGCCACUAUGCUGCCUCCAUUUCCAGACACCCUGAUCUCUUCAGGGCCUCCCUCGCUCAGUGCCUGGGUCCUUGAGAGGGGAGGUUUAAUCAAUAACAAAGAGAAAGCAGCAAGUGGUAUUCAUAAACACAUCUUGAACCCUAUUGAGGAAAUGGCCUCUGAAUCUCUAUGCGGUCUUUCCAUUACUCAAAAUCAAGAUUCUUCCCGUAGUCAUGACUUUCUAGCCACACAUUACUCUUCCUCUCCUUAUUCAGCUCCAACGCCUUCUGCUCCACUGCUGCCAGAUGAUGCUGCUUGGUUCACAGGCCUUCAGUCUAGGUUGCAGCCGUCGGAGGGCAUCAACGGAACAGAAACUUUGUCCAAUGCAUCUCAAGGGAACAGUAGCUAUCCAAAUUGGAAUGCCACACAAGGGCCUACUGAUCUUUACGGUCUCAGCAGCAUCCCGGGUUUGGCAGUCAACUACACACCUCAACGGCGAAUGACCUCAUCAGAGUGGCUUCGUCAGUACAGAGAAAAUCAUGCCUGGCCCUGGCCAUCUUACUUCUAUGCUCCCGGGAACAUUGGGAACUCCGACAACCCCUUGGCCUCGAACCCGACAGUGCAUAUGGAGAGCCCGCCAUUGUAUCCACCUUUUUCUCCAGAUUACGCCGCUGCAGAUGCACAAAGAAGGGAGAAACUCUUGUAUGGUUACCUAAGGCCAAGCCCCUUUGUGUGUGGCGCAGUGACUGACAUGAGAAGUGAGCCACAGCCACUUCUGCAGUACCUCAAGGAGAAAGAAAGGCAGCUUCAAUUUGAUCCUACUACCUUGAUGAGGGGUCCUACUUAUAUGGGAAAUUGAGGGAUUAACAUAUGAGAAGAGAUAAAAAUACAAUCAUAGUUGUUUCGUUAUAAUGAAAAAAGUUUGUUACGUA